GCGCGGCAGCUCUUGCCUUGCAUGUCAGGCAGCGCUCUCUCUCUCUUUUUCCUCCCUGGCGGAGGCGGGGGCAGCCGUUUCUCUCUCUGUGUGUGUGUCCGGCUCAGACCCCUCCCUCUCCGGACUGAUCGCUCUGUGUGAGACUCUCCCGGGGACGCCCGGAAACGCCGCCUGGGCCCAAAGGCCGCAACCGCCACCCCAACUGAGUCCCCUUCCCUCAGCUCUCGCCUCCUGCUGCUGCCACGGCGGGCUAAAUGUAGCCCCUGCAAAUCGGGCGGGGAGGUUUGCAGAAACAUGGCGGAUCUGUCGCUGCUCCAGGAGGACCUGCAGGAGGAGAUAGACGGAUUUGGUGUGGAUGACUACAGCUCAGAGUCUGAUGUGAUUAUUAUACCUUCAGCCCUGGACUUUGUCUCACAAGAUGAAAUGUUGACUCCUCUGGGAAGAUUGGACAAGUACGCUGCAAGCGAGAAUAUUUUUAACAGGCAAAUGGUGGCUCGAAGUUUGUUGGACACUUUGAAAGAAGUGAGUGAUGAUGAGAGAGAUUGUAUUGCUGUACUGGAAAGAGUCAGCAGGCUAGCUGAUGAUUCAGAGCCGACAGUACGAGCUGAAUUGAUGGAACAGGUGCCUCAUAUAGCUAUGUUUUGUCAAGAAAACAGGCCUUCAAUCCCUUACGCUUUUUCAAAAUAUUUAUUGCCUAUUGUGGUGAGAUACCUUGCAGACCAGAACAACCAGGUGAGAAAAACAAGCCAGGCAGCAUUACUUGUUCUUUUAGAGCAAGAACUUAUUGAACGAUAUGAUGUGGAGGGCAAAGUAUGCCCAGUGCUUGUAGAUCUGACGGCUCCAGACAGCAAUGAUGAUGUGAAGACAGAGGCUGUGGCAAUAAUGUGCAAAAUGGCCUCUAUGGUAGGAAAGGACAUUACAGAGAGGCUCAUUCUUCCCAGGUUUUGUGAGAUGUGCUGUGACUGCAGAAUGUUUCAUGUUCGUAAGGUUUGUGCAGCCAAUUUUGGUGACAUCUGUAGUGUAGUUGGACAGCAAGCCACUGAAGAAAUGCUGCUUCCUAGAUUUUUUCAGCUUUGUUCUGAUAAUGUUUGGGGUGUGCGGAAGGCUUGUGCUGAAUGUUUUAUGGCUGUUUCAUGUGCCACAUCACAGGAGGUCCGGCGAACAAAAUUAUCAACACUUUUUAUUAACCUUAUCAGUGACCCUUCACGAUGGGUCCGCCAAGCUGCCUUUCAAUCCCUGGGGCCUUUUAUAUCAACGUUUGCUAAUCCAUCCAGCAGUGGUCAAUUUUUUAAAGAAGAAGAAUGUAAAAACACUGAGGAUCGGAAACUUGCAGAGGAACAUAGCAAUGAAAGAAUUGUAGAUACAGAAGAUAUCCCAACACAUGAUGUACAAAGCCAGACAGAGUUGCCUUUAUAUGCUGAUGAGAGUGAUUUUUCAGAGACCCUUGAAAAUGACAAGGAAGAGAGUAACUCCAUGUUGGUUCAUUCCCUGCCUGAGACAAUGUUUCAUUGCACUUCGUCUUCAGAAUCAUGUCAAGAAGCAGCAAAUAAGAACGAACAAAGUUUUGAUUGCUGUAGCAUUGCAGUAUUGCCAGCACCUGCACCGAGUUCCCAGGAAAAACCCCUUUCUGAUCAGGAGCUAUAUAACUCAUUCAAUUUCUGGAGGACUCCACUUCCCAAGAUAGAUAUUGAUUUAGAACUUCAGGAAACUGCAGAAACACUUGAUUCAGAAACUCAGGAAGGAGAGCAGGAAGUCGUUGCAUCAGCUUCUUCAAACGUUACCAUGGCUACAAGGAAGGAGUUGGAAGAAAUGAUAGAAAAUUUGGAACCUCAUAUAGAUGAUCCAGAUGUUAAAGCACAAGUGGAGGUGCUCUCUGCUGCCCUCCGAGCCUCAAGCCUGGACCCUCAGGAGGAAACGACAGCAGGCAUUGGCAAGUCAGUGGAUUCUCAGAAUGAGCUGAGCAUCAAAGAUCAACUGAGCUUUACAUCCAUUCAGGAUAACCCAGUGCCUUUAAUCAAUGAUACUGUUGAGGACAUUGUAGAAUCUGCUCUGCGUUAUAUUCAUAAUGAUUCCGACUUUAGCACUAAUAGUAGUUUCAGCCCCGAAGAAGAAAAAAAAUCUAAAAUUCAGGACAUUGUACCUCAGGCCUUGCUGGACCAGUAUUUAUCCAUGACUGAUCCCUCUCGAGCUCAGACUGUUGAUACGGAGAUUGCAAAGCACUGUGCCUACAGCCUUCCAGGUGUGGCACUUACCUUAGGUAGACAGAACUGGCACUGUCUGAAAGAUACUUAUGAGACAUUAGCCUCUGACAUGCAGUGGAAAGUUCGAAGAACAUUGGCAUUCUCUAUACAUGAACUUGCAGUCAUUCUUGGAGACCAGCUUACAGCUGGUGAUCUGGUUCCAGUCUUCAAUGGCUUCUUAAAGGACCUUGAUGAAGUCAGAAUUGGUGUGCUUAAGCAUCUGCAUGAUUUUCUGAAGCUUCUUCACCCUGAUAAAAGGCGGGAAUAUCUGUACCAGCUUCAGGAAUUCUUAGUCACAGAUAACAGCAGGAACUGGCGUUUCCGAGCAGAACUUGCUGAGCAGCUGAUCUUACUUCUAGAUCUGUAUAGUGCCAGAGACAUAUACGAUUACCUACGACCUAUUGCUCUCAGCCUUUGUGCAGACAAGGUUUCCUCUGUUCGUUGGAUUUCCUUCAAACUGGUUAGUGAAAUGGUAAAGAAGCUGUAUAGUGCUCCACCACCAACAUUUGUGGUCGAUCUCAUGAAUGAACUGGUUGAAACGUUCUGCAGGUGCCAAAAGUGGUCUGGCAGGCAAACAUUCGCAUUUAUUUGCCAGACUAUCAUAGAAGAUGACUGCCUGCCAAUGGAUCAGUUUGCUGAGCAUCUAUUGCCCCAUUUACUGCUCUUGGCCUCAGAUCGAGUUCCAAACGUUCGAGUCCUACUUGCAAAAACAUUAAGGCAAACGCUUCUAGAGAAAGAGUAUUUUUUAACAUGUGUCAGUGCUCACCAAGAAGCAGUGGAGCAGACAAUUGUGGCCCUCCAAAUGGAUAAUGAUAAUGACGUAAAAUACUUUGCAAGCACCCACCCUGCCAGUACCAAAAUUGCAGAUGAUGCCAUGAGCACAGCCUCUUCAACUUACUAAAAGUAGUCCCUGAAUGUUGCUAUAAUUUUAAUUUUUAAAAAAACCAAAAACAUUACAAAAUCGCAGGGCAAUCCUCAAGUGCUCCUAAAAUGGAUGACUGAAAACUCUUUUUUUUCCCAUGGAGGAAUGAAUUUCUUGCCAGACUUUUAACUUCAGUUGGAUGUUAUCUAAACCUGAGACCAAGGAUUUUAAGAGUCAAGGAAAAAAUAAAAAUAAACAUUACCUGUUGAAUCUUGACUCUAGAACAACUUUGCUCAGAGGAUUGUAUUUGCCACCGGAGCCUUAAAUCUUCUGUCUUCCUGAAUAUGUGAAACUUGAAUUGGCUGAGCAUUUUCAGUGUAGAAGGGAUGUGAUUUCCAGAGACCGGCAUUUGUUUUCUCCUGAGGAGUUAAUGUAACAAGCUCCCCCCACCCCCUUAGGAACUGAUAGCUGAAAUUCUCAUACCCUAUAAAGGCAGAUUUGUACCAAGAAGCAAGAGACACCUCCAGUAUUAGCUAUUAAAAAUUUUUAUCCUUGAAAAGACUUAAUUUGUAUGCAGCUGGGCACCUCCUUAAGUGUGAAUAGUUUUGAUGUGUGUAAAAGAGGGAAAAGUAGAGAUUUGGUGUUUGUUUUCUCCCCUUAAGGGCCCAGUGUUAACACUAACAAGAAUUUGAUUGUAAACCUUUAAACACAGCAUAUUGCUGUACUCGUUAGCAGAAAACUCCACUGAGUACCUGUGUCCUAAUGUGUUUUUCAUGCUGGUCAUGACCUGAAGGAAACCUGUUAGCACAUGUACUUCACAUCAGGUAUUUUUAACUUGAUCAUGAUCGGCUCUAAGGUGCAACUUCUCUUCAUAUACUGUACAUAUCUGUGACCACUCUUGGGAGGGCUGCAGUCUUUAAUCAUGCUAUUUCAAACUGUUGUGAUAAAAUGUUCUCUCCUUGUCCAAAUAAAAAGAAAAUUUAUUA